AUGUCUAGCAUCUCUACGAAGAAGAGUACUAUCCAAAUCAUUGGCGGGAAACUCGGUACACCGUGUAGCAUCACGCUUGCCUUCAUGCCGAAAGAUGGCAACUUAAAGGUAGACUUCAAGACCGUCUUUCCCCUUGCGUGGAAGGUUAUCAAGAAUCUCAGAGAUGGAGACGAGUUCAAAUUUGACUGGACCAACGUCUUCGCAGCCUCCCGUCUGGUCAUUAACCACUGUGAUGACACAGUCAAGACUUGCGAGGUUUCCAAGCCUAUCGCUGUUCGUGAAACUACCGCCCUGCGCUUGGGCGGUGACGAGAAGUACUGGUUCACGGAUCCGAUCCCCUAUCCGUAUGAUUGGGCCCGGGUCAUGAACAGGACCGACAGAAAGGUGGACAUCGGCGCUGGUUUCCUCGUUGAUGAGGCCAUGAAUACGGUCCUCCUCCAGCUUGGCGUGGCCGACCGGAGCUCCGCCAACGUGGACUACGUUCCCACGCUCAAGAUUUGGGCCGACCUCGACUUCGCCGAGUCGGAGCUGCUCGAAAGACGUGUGAACGAUGUCCAGCCCAUCUGGGAGGGCACCCUCACGGACUUCGAUGGUCGUAUCCCCGUCAUAGUCAAGCGCAAGAACGGCCGGAUUAUCGCGGACGGCCCAUCGCUUUCCAUCACCGGCAACACAAACAGUUCCCUUCUGAAGCAGCUCAGCGCCAACUUCCACCAGCCUACCACCUACUCGGUUGAUCUCGCCUUCGCUAGCUCAGCCCUGGUCACGGAGGGCGUGCGGAGCAUCGUGAACUCGCUGCCCCCUAUGAAGUAUGUUGUGAAGACCAUCCAGAAGGGCUGCGGCUAUGAGGCACGCAUCGAGCUGACCCUCCAAGCGACCGUCAGCUGCAGCACGGCUGAGCAGGACAUGAUCGCCGCCAUCAAUGCCAGCCCGACCAUCUACGGCAAGGCUUUCAUCAAGAGCCACGGCGGCGUGACACUCAUCUCUGUCAACGACGGCAUGGAGACCUGGCUCGAGGUCAACCCAGCCAGCCACCACUGGUUCGAUUUUGGCAGCGAGGAAGAUGGCAAUGCUGCGUUCAACGGCACCAACGCGGAGAGCUUCGCCAAGGCUAAUGCCGCCGAGGUCAACAGAAGCAGCGCGAACGGUGCUCUCGAGCUCGUCGAAGUCAAGGCCGUUAUGCGCGAGGGUAGCACGGUCCCCUCCGACGAAGACGAGAACGUCAACAAGAGCGACGUCACUGCCGCCCUCCCGGAUGAGACCAAGUUUCGCUCCAUCCGUCGCAACGGCGGAGGCCGUCGUGCCCUCGAACUCGCUGCUUGAAGGGCUCGGUCUAGUUGGGUCCACAGAGCCGUGCAGAUACGAUCGAUUGAGUCUUUUCGGUAUCCCAUAAACCAGUGUCGAAAACAUAUAUGCCACCGUGUUUCAAGUUCC